GCUGAGACACCGGCAGCCUCCUCGAGGGGCCGGUUGUUGAGGGCUGACCGGUACCGAUGGUUUACUGAGCGUCUUCAACAGUAUGUGGUUGCUCUGCCCACGGGUUAUGCUUGGCAGAAGUGUUCUGUGUUGAAUAUUGACGACCACGUGGUACCUGCAUUUGUGUCCUCCUACUCCAACCGCCAGACACGGUCACCAAGCCGACUUCCCUCGCCAACGCUGCGGUCAUUUGAGUUGCCGAAUGGCAUGGGGGACUCCCUGGACACCCUGAUUGGACAGAUCGCAUCUGCGAAUUUGCCGUCCGGACAACCGCUUUGGCAGGUUCAUCUGGUCGAGGAUUUUGAAAGUGUGAGUGCAAUUUUGGUUUCAAAGUCUUUGAUAGCUCUUGCAGCUUUCAUGUCACAUUGGGAAGGUUUUCUAAAAAACUAA